UUUUGAGGUUAAAUGUGUAAACUAAACAAAAACACUGGGAGUUGUCGCUAAAUCUUAAAAGUUUUAAAAGUCUCCAAACGUCAUCGAAAAUGGCAAAACAUUUCAUUUGUAUCAGCAAGUUUCCCUUUGUGUCAUAUUGAAAACACUGACGGAGCACUGACCUCUGGAAAAUAUGCUCAGUUCACCCUCCAAACGGGCAGCAUCUCCAGAGAUUAUUCAGGAUGAAUGUCGUGCCCUCUUGCAAGAUCUGAGGCAAACAAUUGAAACACAGCUCAUAAGCCAAGUGUCAAAUGUUUGGAACAUUUUUGGUGGUCUCAACCGACUACAUCCUGUUGUUUUGAAAAUAUUUAAACACCGAUCUCGAGUCUUUAAUCAAGGGGGCGAGCCUGACUUAUGGAGUUUUAUUCAAGGACUGAGCUGGUUGCAGCCUUGUCUUGCUGCCUCGCCAUCGUUCGUGCCAUCUAAGAAAAACAUGUACCUUGCCCCUAGUCCAAGCCGCCAUUAUGACAAAGCCUCAGCCUGGGUUUACAAAAGUCUUGAGGCUCACAACUUGUCCCAGAAAUUAAGUUGGUUGCUGUCUGAUAGGGAGCAUAUCCUAUCUCACUACGAGCCAAACGCUUUUUUAGCUCAAUUGCAGUAUAGUGAAGCAAUGCUGAUUUGUUUAAGAGCCCUUGAACAAAAUCAAAUUUCGUUUCUAGCUGAUAUCAAUUCUUCUUUGUACCUCCUGCCAAAACGUAGCAUCCAGCUCAUCAGCAAAACUCAUCGUCGAUGUUCUUCCUCACCAGAAGUAAUCGCUAACAGCAAAACUACGUGGUCAGACACAAAAAAACACAAGCCAAUCCCAUCCAUCAAAGAACCAGAUGCAAAUUUGAAUCUAAUAUCAGCAGUAAAGUUAGAAAAUAGCAAUAGCGUAGAGUCCAGGUUGAUCUCAAAUAGUGUAGAGUGUUUCAGAAAUCAAAGCGGAGAUUCAGAACCUAUUCAUAAGUCUCCGGAUUUGCCCCUAUGUGAAGUAGGGCACCAAGCUCUAAAGAAGUCUUCUAGUUUACCAAAUUUAUUUAGGAUUCAUGAUUUAUCAGGCUCUUUGUCUGAGUCAACAUCUAAAAAAUUCUCAAAGCCUCGAAGUGUCACUGUCCCCAACUCACCAUUGAAAACUACAUUUGCAAGUCCUGGAAAUAAUGCCUUGUCUCCAAGCCUCUUGUUUGUUGACUACAAAACGGUAGAUUUUGACCGAACAAUAGAAAGCUUUAGAAAAUAUCAUGAAAAUGGAAAAGUGAAGUCAAACAUAAAAUCACGAGAACGUAAGAAAGACGCACACGCAGUUGAUAUUAAUCUCUACAAAAAGAACCACAAAAAAAAUCAGCGGCCGCUGAAUCUUCCAAAUCGGAUUUGGGAAGAAUCAGAUGAUGACACCAACAGUAUUUAUUCUGAUAAGCUUUCAUUCAGUUCGUACUCUACACUGUCUUCAAAUGUGACCCAAAAGAAGAGUUUUCUAGAGGAUGCAGGCAAAUCUAUCAAACAUAUGAAGUCAGGAUACUCUUUCCCGAAGCCUGCACAAGGACAAAGUCUGUUCAGCUUUUUGGCAUCCAGUCCAUUUGGUAAAGGAGAUGCAGAACUGGACCGCGAGAAUGCGCAUUUUAGUGUGUCUGAUGCUAUGAUUGCAGCAAUUGAACAAGUUAAGUGUAAUCGAGACUUCAAUUUAGCAGAGGAGGCUGUUGAUGAUAGUGACGAAGAAAUUAAUCAUCUGAAACAAAGGAUUCGGCUGCGAAGGAAACAAAAGAAUCAGGAGCGAACCAAUCUCUCAAUUACCACUUUCCUGGUUAAUGAUGCUAGAACAGACACCACAACCACCGAUCAAAGCUAUAGUCCUAUCUCUACCUCUCCAUGCUCUUCCUCAGAAAGUAUUUCCUCUGAUGGGGGUGUUGAUCUUGAUGUGGAACAAGUCGGAAACUUGAUGGACAUAAAUCAGUCAGGUUUGUCCAUAUCUUUGGGAUCUUUGUACUCAGAAGCAGAACUUCAGCGUCCGUCACCACCAAACCAAGGGGAGUCUGUCAAAAGUGCUGAGAAUGUUGCUUUAUCUCUUCUAAAACGAUUUAAAAAGAAACAGUUACCAGCUGCCUCUGAAUUGGAGUGGCUAAUUUCAGAACAAGAAGUACCGCAGCAGCUGUUACCAUUACCAAACAGUUGGCCUGUUAGUCCUGACGAUGCUGAGGAUCAAGAUAUGACCAGCGCCACACAAUUGCGAGGGACGACCGAAUGGGCGCCUCCUCGUUCUCAUAUUAUAUUUACCCUCCAUCCCCCACCUGUGAGGCGAGUUUUAAUGGUGAAACAGAACUACAGGUGUGCUGGUUGCGGUGCCAAAGUAGAACCAAAGUACAUUAGGAAAUAUAGAUACUGUGAAUACUUAGGACGUUAUUUUUGUACAAGUUGUCACACAAACCAAACAGCAAUUCUUCCUAGUCGAGUGCUUAACAAGUGGGAUUUCAGCAAGUGCCUAGUUUCAGAUUUUUCCUUUCAUCUCCUUGAACAAAUGAAUAGUGACCCUCUGUUCAAUGUUCAGGACCAAAAUCCAAAUCUGUUUCGAAAAGCACGUGGCCUGGAAAGAACGAGACAGCUUAGGUGGCAGUUAUGUUUGAUGAAAGCCUUCUUGAUCACCUGUAGAUUUGCUACAAAUGUACAAAAUUUAAUGAAAGAUGUGCCUUCUCAUAUAAUUGAUGACCCAGAUCUGUAUUCCCUGGAGGAUCUGACACAAGUCAAGAGUGGAGAUCUUCCGACAAGGUUGAAAGAUUUGGUGGAUGUUGCAUCGGAGCAUUUAUCUGAUUGUCAGCUGUGUCAAGCUCGAGGAUUUAUCUGCGAGCUGUGCCAGAGUGAUGAAAUCAUCUUUCCCUGGCAGUUGAACAAAGUGUUCCGCUGUAAACACUGUGGAGCUUGCUAUCAUAUCAAGUGCUUUUCGUCAGCUACCUCCUGUCCACGAUGUGAGAGAAUUUCCCUUAGAAAGAAGCAAAAAAUUGUCACUAAUGAUUCAGCAUCCUGAUCUUGUGUUACUACCCAGCCGUUUAUCUGUGAUACUCCUCAAGACCCCAGACCUGAACAGUUCACAAAGUCUGGCCAAGAAUCUCGUAAUAAAUUAGGAAAUAUGAGGGAAUUUUUCUCAAAUCUGCUCAGUUGGGAUUUCAAAUUUUGAAGGUCCUAGGAGGAGUCUGAAUUCAAUUAGUGUAAGUUAUCAAUAAUUUUGUAAAUACCAAGCUCAGAAAUUGCUCAAACCUUAGUGAAUGGCGCAAGUGCUAAAAAGUAUAUUGGAAAAGUAUAUUUUUCAAAACUCCCUAGUAGCAUUGGCUGUUUAAAGAAAUUUCAAGAACUCUUGAAUAAAACUGUAGAAUCCAUGUGAGGAAACCCUUUUUGUUUUUUAAGUAAAAAUGCCUCCUUAAAUUUCCUCAAGUUUUCAUCUUUUUAUUUAAGUAAAUUUGAACACAAAUUUUACAUAAAAUUUAAUUUUUGUGUUUCCAGCAUCAAUGUGGAUCAUUUUUAGAAUUCAACAAAAAUUUGAUGCUAAUUUUUUCAUUACUUUCUUUAAUGUUUUCAUUCUUACUUUACGUGAUGAAGAACCAAAUGAAUUUCCAUCUAGAACUAUACAAACAAAAUUUAAGAAUUUUUUUUUUUCUGUCCAAAUUUAACAGUCAGUGCUUCUAAGGUUAAAUACCGUGUUUUUAUUCAUCAUAACUUUAAAUAAUGGUUAAAACUUCAGUUAUUGCCCGGCCUUAACUUAUGUAUGCAGCCUAGAAUUAGUUUGUAAGUCAAAUUUGAUUCAUACUUUUGAUGUUUUAUUUCUCUCUGUGGUGCAAAUUAUCAGAGCAGUAUUAUUCCGUUUUUAUGUUCACCUACCUAAUUUUUCAAUUUUAUUCCAGCUAUUUUUAGUUCCGGCAGUAAUUUUAUACUUAAUGUGCAACGUUUUUUCUGCUCUAAAAUGUUCUCAUUAUUGGAGGAAAAUAUCUCACUUCAAUUAGAAACCUCAAACAUCUCCAAAAGUGAGUGAGGAGUAAGGUACAACAGAUUUCAAUGUAAAACAUCACAUGUUUCACAACCCUCUCAUGAAAUUUUGUGUCAGUAUAGGUAAAUUUCUUUUAGAGAUUGAUCAGUUAGGAAAUAGGAGAAUUUCUAUCAUGUUUCAAAUACUGCAGAUAAUUCAGCAUCAAAAACAAUAAAAAUCCAGACUUUUCAAAUUUGUUGCAAGUUCUUCUUAAAAGUGCACAAAUUUGAAAUAUAGUUAACAUCUAGGAACUUUGAAUCUGAUGCCUGGUAUGUCUCCUUGGUGUUCUCAGAACUGCGUCCUUAAUUUUUUAUGCCAAAAAAAAUUUCAUCGAAAAUCUAAGAAGAGUUUGCCUCUGCCUUGCCUCCUCUGAAGGUCUUAAGGAAUGUGACCUCCCCUAAAGGAACUGCCUCAUGAAAAAAUCAAACAAAUGUUUCACUACUACUUACUUUUUAAUACCCAAUUUCACUUAUCAUAUUUAGUCAUCAUAUUUAGUCUUUUAUUAAAACUACAAGACAAUCUGAAGAACUUAUGCACACUCACAUCAUUUUAGAAGAAAACACGUCUUUUAUCAGAUGAACUUUGAAUUGCCACUAUUUUCAUGUGUCUUACGGCUAUGUAUGAUACAUAUAUUAUCUCAGAAAGAUGAAAAGUCUCAAUUCAAUAUUUGAAGAGCGUUUGCAUCAAAAGAUAUUCGAAAAUAAUUGCUCUUAAGAAAACUUUUGUCUCCAUUCAACUUUUUGUUUUAAUUGCCAUUGACUCGCUAAAUCUGGCUUUAAUGUGUGAAGCGAUAUCUAGUUUCUGCACUUUAACUCGCAGCAUUUUUAUAUGCCAUGUUUAAGAUGUUUUGCAUUUUGAGUGUUUUUGUUCAUGUGCUCAGUGCUUAAGAAUUAAUACUACCUUAAUUCUGUUAAGUAGAUGCUCUUUGUUACCCCACAACUGUUAUGUUUUAGUCAUUCGAAUGCCUCAAGCAAAUGGAUUCGUAUCAAAGGAAGGUGGGUAUGAAGAGAAGAUGAAAUAACCAGUUUUAGUCCUAAAAUUAGUCUUUAAGCUUAUCAAAUGUCAUGAGACUAUUCUAUGAAAGUAGUCAGGGCUGUAGAAAAUGAAUACGAACUACGGAGGUUCAAGACAACUGAGCUGGUGCAAUUCACAUUAAUAGUCAAAUGAAAUCUAUGAGCUUUAGGAAUGAUCAAGAUCACUGGCAUAAUCUGUUUUAUAGAAAAUUAUGCCAUUAUAGGCUAGUCAUAUUCUACAGAAAACAGUUCCAAUUUGUACGUUAGGAAGACUUUUCUUUAAAAACUCUCUGGGAGCUACCCAUUGUUCAUGCCGAACUAGUUUGUUGAACUGCUCAAUCCUGCUCAGUUCUGUUUCAACUGUCCAAUCUAUUGUUUUGAGAAAAAAAGAUCAGAGUUGUGCCAUUAGUUCUUGUACAUGGAAAAGCAAUGACGAGGGCUUCAAUCAAUUGCCACUAUUAGAAAACAAAUUUUGGUUUGCAAUUAGCGUAAAGAGUUGCAUGACAGGAGCAACUAGACCAAACUAAUCUUGCAUAACAGCAAAACGCAUUUGAUGGCAAAAUAAAGGACUGCUGUAGGCUGUAGACUACUCUCACUAGGAACCAAUGAAGGGAUUAAUGGAAGCCAAAUCUGGGUGUAAGUCACUAUAAGCAUUCAAAUAAAAUCCUAAGUAAAGAAUAUAAACCAAAGAAGAUUGAGAGGAGGUAAUAAUGAAUUGAAAAGAAGGAAGUAAAAGUUGGAACCUAGCGUAGGUCUCUCUACAUGUUCGUCUCACAUCUAAUUCUUAUUGUAAUUAAUCUAAAAAUGAGCGCUGUAGUGGCACCUAAUCUUUACUAGUCCAAUUAUUUUAGCACUGAACAUUUUUGUAUGAAAUCUUGUGCCAUGUAGAUACUGAAAAACUGCAUCAUCUUCAUCUCUUUCCAUUUAGUACAAAUAACUAAUUUUUUAGGGUAGGUUUAGUGGUUGGUUUUUCUUUCUGAAUACCUAUAAUUUAACCAUACUGCUCCGUUAAGGAAGAGCACAGUGCCUAAUUUACUUAAAUGUUGCCUCAAUUACAUGGUGUCUCAUGGACCAGUCCCAUGUUUAUCCUUGUUUUUCAUGUGUUAAUAUUUUCUUUUUAUUUUUGCAUAAUUUUGUUUUUAAAUGGGAAGGAUAAGAAUAAGAUUUUAAAUUGAUUCCACUUAUCGAUGGCUAAAGUACAAAACUGUCUAUCUCUGUUUGCGACAUUUCAGACUUCUCGUCAUACUUGAUUUUUUUUUUUUUUUUCGAAAACUAGUCAAUAUAAUUCCUUGAAAACUUCCUUGAUUUUUUCUCAUCUGUCAGCGAAAUAUUCCACGUGAAUAUCAAGCUAUAAAUUUGGCUUACUUCUCAGCGAAAAAAUGAAGUAAGAGAGGAAAUUUUUGAACACAGGAGUGGUGAUUCGUGGUCUUGCACUUUGGCUGUCGAUGUGGUAAAUACCUAUUCACCUCUAAUAUAGUGUGCUCUUUCAUACCAGUCUAGAAUACUGAUCAAAGAACUUGGAAGCCUCUGCUCCUAAAAUGUUUGAUUGAUCUAUCAAAUAGUGCAGACUAGCUUCUUUUGCUUAACUUAUAUAGUAUUACAAAAUAAUUUUUAGCAAAUGCCUUCAGCUCCCAGCUGAAUUUUAAGCUUUUGUUUAUAAAGAAGACUUUUUAGCUAUUUUGUUAAAUAUAUCUUCUCUAGAAGCUAUUGAAAUGUCCCCAGCUUAAAUUUCCAGAGUCAUAAUUUUUUUCUCUGUGACAAAAGUUUAGGUCCUCAAAUUCACAUAUGUAUUUAACUAUUGAUUUAUCUUCAUUACUUUUGUUCUGUGUUAUCUUGUGAUAAGUAUUUCAUUGAAAUUUUUGACGCAGAGUUUAUUACUUGUUACACUGAAAUUACAAAUUUAUUGGAUUAGAGCAGUGUUUUCUGCUUUCUCUAUGUUGCUGUGAUAAAAAUUUUGUUUCGUGUACUGACGGAUUCUGAGCCCUUUCAGACCCAAUAGGAGCGACCUAUAGGUUUUUAGGAAGCAAAAUGUGAGGCUCUAUCUUCUAUGAAAAAGUAACCAUGAGAGAACUCUUUAAUGUUAACCAUCAGAGUUACUGUAACUGGCGAAUUGAGCUGUUGUUAGGCCUUGUCCAGAACUCAGUUCGCAGAACUUUUUCCCCGAACAAGUUUUAGCUCAGCUAAAACCUUAUUCCUUCAAACCCUGGAACUUCCCCGUACUCCAAGCUUCUGUUUCUUUUUUUGUGAAUUCGUUUGUUUUUGUUUUAUAUGUCCUUUACGUCUUGACAUUUGUUUUUGUUAAUCCCGUGGCCGCAGUAAUCUAUUAUUUUGCAAUAAUUGUACAGAUUUUUCGAAGUUCCGGUGAACUGGUGUAGACAGCAUCCCUCAUUUUAAAGGAACAAGUUUCGGGAAACGUCGAAUAAGUUCCUGGAACUGGGCUCGUGUGGACAGGGCCUAAUUUAUGUCUGCUCUUCUGCCACUUGGAAGAUGCAAUUAGGUUGCAAAAUGCUGUAUAGCGCUGUAAAAGCAAUCGCUCUUUACUUAUCAAAAAACAAAAGAUGGUCAUGUUUUCUCUUCAAAUUUUUAUGCAGAAAAUUAUUCACACAAAAGGAAGAUGGGAAAUCAACUUUUAAAGAGGGUGGAUGCAGUUGACCUAGUUGAAUUGCAAAAACACGAAGGAUGGCAUUCAAGUGCCAUUCGAUCAUUGUUGGUGUAUCACCCAAGAGUUGAUUUUCUAACUUCCGUUCGUGAGAAUUGCUUUUUAUAUGGAACGUAGAAUUUUGAAAAUGAAGCACAUACUUAAUGUGCUUUGAUUCAUACAUGCAGAGUGACCGGUUAUUGCGGGUCUGAAAGGGCUACAUGCCACUCUUUGGAAACAAUGAUGCAUUAUGGCUUCAUUAAAGCGAAAUUCGUACAAUUUUUUCA